AUCAAAAUGUUUGGAUAACGGCCACCCAACAAGUAAAUGUCAAAUUGACAGUUGACAUUUCUACAACUGCAAAGUGUUUUAAAGUUUAUCUUAAAACGCGCGUAAAAUAUUAAAACCGAUAUUAUGAAUUACGAAUAAGAUAAACUCUAAAGUUUUAUACAAGGAAGACACACACAAUUUAUGAAUACAGUAUAUUCUCUUUCAUUUUUCGCAAUCACUAAAAUGGCAUCAGCUGCAAAAAAAAUAAAGUUGUCUGCGGGUUCUUCAAAUGUUGAAAACAAACGGACCCAAACAACGGUAGCAGAUUUUAUGAAUGAAAUACAAAAGAGUCGGGAAGAUACAGCCGAAUCAAUAUUGAAUUAUGAUUUUAACAAAAAACGUGUGCGUAUAAUAUCACAAGAACAACUUGUGCCUGACUUUUGCGAGGGUAUUGUUUAUUGGAUGUCGAGAGAUAGCAGAGUUCAGGACAACUGGGCAUUUUUAUAUGCUCAGAAACUAGCUCUUAAGAAUGAAGUCCCACUUCAUGUAUGUUUUUGUUUGAUUGCAAAAUAUUUAGAUGCAUCUGUGAGACAAUUUCAUUUUUUAAUUAAAGGGUUAGAAAAAGUUGCAGCUGAAUGUAAAAAAUUGAAUAUAUCAUUCCAUCUGCUGGAGGGAAGUGGCGCGGACGCUCUGCCUCAGUGGAUCAUUGACCAUAAGAUCGGCGCAGUUGUGUGCGACUUCAACCCCCUGAGGACACCCAUGAGUUGGCUUGAAGGAGCCAAGAAAAAGUUUAAAAAAGAUGUACCGUUAAUACAGGUGGAUGCCCACAAUGUAGUCCCCUGCUGGGUAGCCUCUGACAAACUUGAGUAUUCUGCAAGAACAAUAAGGAAUAAGAUAAAUUCUAAGCUUGAGGAAUAUUUAACUGAGUUCCCACCAGUCAUUAAACAUCCAUACACCAGUACAUUUAAACCAGAGUUAAUAGAUUGGGACAAAGCAAUAGAUUCACGGGAAGCAGACAAAACUGUAGGUCCAGUGGAGUGGGCCAGUCCGGGUUAUGAUGAAGCUGUAAAGACCUUAAAGAGUUUCCUUGAGAAAAGACUAAAGAUAUUUGCUACCAAACGAAAUGACCCCACACAAGAUGCCUUGAGUAAUUUAUCACCAUGGUAUCAUUUUGGUCAGAUUUCAGUCCAGAGAGCCGCGCUUUGUGUCCAGAAAUACAAAUCAAAAUACACCGAGAGUGUAAAUGCUUAUCUUGAAGAAGCAAUUGUGCGUAGAGAACUGGCUGAUAAUUUCUGCUUUUACAAUGAACAUUAUGACACUAUAAAAGGUGCUAGUAAUUGGGCACAAAAGACUUUAGAUGAUCAUAGGAAAGAUAAGCGUACCCACAUAUACACACUCGAAAAGCUGUCUAAAGCAGAAACUCAUGAUGAACUGUGGAACUCUGCACAACUGCAGCUCGUCAAAGAAGGCAAGAUGCAUGGCUUUCUUCGUAUGUACUGGUGCAAGAAGAUUCUAGAAUGGACGCCGAGUCCAGAAGAUGCGCUUAAAUAUGCAAUAUAUUUGAAUGAUCAUUACAGCAUAGAUGGCAGAGAUCCUAAUGGAUUUGUUGGCUGCAUGUGGUCAGUGUGCGGGGUGCACGACCAGGGCUGGGCGGAGCGCGCGGUGUUCGGCAAGAUCCGCUACAUGAACUACAACGGCUGCAAGCGCAAGUUCGACGUCGGCGCAUUCGUGGCUCGAUAUGGCGGGAAACAGCAUAAAUAUAAAAAUUAACUGUCACCAACAACUUUAUUGACUGUACCUCUGAGGGGUCUAUCACGAAUAUUCACGUUAGCGAAAAAAAUCGUAACGAAAUGUGUACGAAAUUUGGUACAUUUUACCUUUGGUAGUGCAAAAAUUUUGUUACUAAAAUGCUCUCACGAAUAUUCGUGAUAUCUCCUCAGAAUAAAUCAAUAUAAGGGAAGUUUAGUCUGCAGUUGGUUUCUAUUGAACAUAAUCCUAUUUACUUAAAAUAUUUCUCUGCCAAUCAGCUGAAAAUAGUCUUAUUAAAUUUGUUAUUUUAUUAUAUAUUUAAGGUUUAAUGUUAUCAUAAAAAUAUAGUGUUUGUAACUGUUCUGUUAUUAAUGUUAUAGAUUGUUCAAUGAUCUGAGUUGUUUAAUUGGUGAGGGAGAGGGUUUUAUAUAUUAUUAUAUAUAUAGCUAACAAAAAAAAACAAUUAAAACGUUUAUAUUGUCGCCGUCAGUAAUUUCAAUCUUUAACACUACAUUACACUAUUUAUAAUUAUGAGUUAAGUUUCCUUAAUUCGGAAAGUACAAA